CAUCUAUCUCUUCCUCUACCCUAUUCUCCGUCUCUCUUUACUCUCUCUCUCUCUCUCUCCCCCUCUCUGUGUGUGUGUCAUAUAUAUAUAGAUAUAUAGGAACAUAUACACAUAUUAAUCCUACAAAAUCAUAUACUGCAAAACAAGGCAAACAUUAGAGAAAGAAAAGUAGGUGAAAACAAAGCGCAACAGAGAAAGAGAGAGAGAGAGAGAGAUGAGAAGAAGUGUAAGGAUGGUGGUAUUGAUGUUGGUGGUGGCCUCUCAACAGACAUAAUUUCCAUCUUAUAUUCAUUUUGAUUCCCCUCUCUCUCUCUCUCUCUCUCUCUCGGUGUAUCUUUCCCAAGUUUUUUCUUUUUCUUCCAAAUUCUCCCAUUGAAGAGUCCGCCUUGGCUUUAGGUGAAGCAUCUUCCUUCUCUAUCAUGCUUGUUAUGUGCUAGUGUUUAUUGCUUGGCCCUUCACAUUGCUCCGUACUUCCUCUUGAUAUCCUCUCCUCAUAUAUCCCUUGGCUUCCUCUUAUUCAUACAUAUCCCAUCCCUUCCUAUCCCAUUUGGCUCUUCACCUUAUCUAGCAUUCAAUAUCGUUCAUUCUCUAUUCAUCUAUAAUGGCCGUCCAGGCUCAAUACCCUUCUAAUGUUCUCCUCCUAAACAGAAACGGAAAAGAGGGACAUGAUUAUUCAUUACAGACACAACCAGGAGGGUUUCUUGAUCAAUCCCACAUGUUACUCAUCAACAAUGGAGUGGGGGCUAAUAAUAAUCCGCGCAAGAGAGCAAGAGAAGUUGCACAAAGUACUGGGGUCUCCUCAUCACCUCAUAUCAAUCCAAUGUUCUCUUUGCAAUCUCAACCUUCUCAGCUUAUAGACGUCUCUCAGCUCCACAACAACAACAACAACAUCCAACAGCCAAAUGUCGUCUCCACCGGACUCCGUUUAUCCUUUGGAGAACAAAGACAGCAACAACAACACCAGCGACAACAAUUACAACAACAGCAACAAAACGUUUGCCACUCAUCAUCUCCUUUCUUAUCUCUAAUAGCAGAAGACGUUGCAGCCCAAAUCAAACAACAGAUAGACGAAAUCGAGCAAUUCCUUCAAGCCCAGGGAGAGCAACUGCGGCGCACAUUAGCAGAGAAGAGGCAGAGGCAUUAUCGUACGCUGCUGGCCGCAGCGGAGGGCUCGGUAGCCCGGAGGCUACUGGAGAAGGAGACGGAGGUGGAAAAGGCCACACGUAGGAACAACGAGCUGGAGGCACGCGCGGCGCAACUUAGCGUGGAGGCGCAGGUUUGGCAGGCCAAGGCCCAGGCCCAGGAGGUCACGGCCGCGACUCUCCAGGCACAGCUCCAGAAGGCCAUAGUAAGCGGCGGAGGAGGAGGUGCAUCACCCGCACGGGAUAGCAGGAGGAUGGAGGACUCGCUGGGGUGCGCCGUGGGUGGCACAGAGGGCAAUUACGUCGAAGACGCCGGGUCGGCGUACAUCGACCCGGACCGUGUCGUCGUAUCGGGACCGAGAUGUAAAGCGUGUCGGAAACGUGUCGCCUCGGUAGUUCUGUUGCCGUGCCGGCAUAUGUGCAUCUGUACAGAGUGUGACCAAGUGGCUCAAGCCUGCCCUCUUUGUCUCACCUUGAGAAGUUCCAGCAUUGAAGUUUACCUUUCUUAAUGGGCCCGAGCCCAAUUGUCAAUAGCCAUGGCCCGGUAAGAGGCCCGACCAGAUGAAUGCCAGUUUUUUUUUUUUCCUAUCAAAACAAAGAAAAAAAUCAAAUAAUAUUGAGUAUAAUAAGAAUUACAUUAUGUUCUUUUUUUUUUUUAUUGUUAAUUUUCCCUCUCUUGGAGUGGAAAUCCCUAAUGUACAUGUGCCACGUGGGUAGUGGCCUUGUUUUUUGCUCUUUUUAUUUGAAGUUUAAUUCAUAUUAGAAAUUCUUUUAUUUUA